AUCUAUGUCCGGGGCGCUGUCGUGUCGAUCGCCGGUCCGUGAGGGAAAGGUGGCUGUGCGGCUUCGUUUGAGCCACGUUUGUUGAUAGCAUCGAGUGCAAGAUUGUGCGUCACGGAAAUUCUCUUGUUUGGCUAUUUGCGUGCUGUGCCUUGCGUGAUUGUGUGCGACGCCCUCGGAUUAUAAAGCAGCGAAAUGGGCGACCCGGAUCGCAUCCAACCACCAAGCAUCGCCGUCGUCCACGGCGCGUCGGCUUCCUGGAGCUAACGGCAUAGCGCCAUGCACGGUCGGCUGUGAACCAUGGACUACAUCCGAGAGUUUGACAUCCGUCUUGAGAAAGAAAUGUACUACGCUGGCGAGAUUCUUUCGGGCCAUAUCAUUGUGAAUACAGUGGAGAACUUCAAACUGCGAGCUAUUCGAGUAAUGCUCAGGGGCAAGGCCCAUGCCGAGUGGAAGGUUGUGGUCAGCGGGGACCGGCGGACAGUGAAGGAUGACCAGGUUUUUAUCGACGACCGAGCCGUGAUAUGGGGUAAAGAAAAAAGUGACGGCAGCCUUCCUAUACUUCCACGGGGCCAGCAUGCGUUCGCAUUCCGAUUCCAGCUGCCUGAAAGUAGCCUGCCAUGCUCGUUCGAAUCGCGGCCAUGCACAGUGCGCUAUUACGUCAAAGUCACAAUGGACAUCCCGUAUGCGUCGCCGCCGCAGGGCAUGAAGUACUUCACUAUCAUCGGCCCACACAUCGACUGCAUGGAGGAGCAGUAUCUCAAACCAUUGGUCGGCCAGGACAAGCGAGCAGUGUGCUGCCUCUGCUGCCAGAGGGGCGUGGUGAGCUUGCGUAGCGCCCUCGAACGGUCUGCCUACUGCUGCGGCGAGAGUUUGCGUCUCAAGGCCGACAUCGACAACCAGAGCGAGGAAGAAGUGAGGCUCAAGCUCAAGCUGGUUCAGGUAUGGGUGGAGAUGGAAAAGUCCGGCGAUGACCUGGUGAUGAACUUUCCCAUCACUAUUGCCACUUGCCCAUUCAGAAUACCCAAUUCCAAGCAGGAGCCCUGCAUUGACUAUGCUGUGUGCUGCGACCACGUGGAAGGAGGGAUGUACAUCGGCCCCGAGUUCCAGCUGGGUCAAGUGUACGAUGGCACCCUGGGUGUCGAAGAGGGCGAGACAGUUGUGUUGUACAGGCCGGUGUACGUGUCCAUUCGAAACCCGACCCGUGGGAGCAGCAAUGCCGCCGGCGCGUCAUCAGCAACAGCCACAAGCGACGACUCGCUCGGCGUCGCGUAACGCUGCCACGUCGCCUUUUCAUCGCAGUCUGUUUUGCGCGAGACGGUCACAAAUUGCGAUGCCGACGCGUGCAUCCACCGAAAAAAAAAGGGGAUUUAGCAAACAGUGACGUAGCGCAGGCAUGUAUGCAAAAUAAACAUUAGAAAAUUGGGAAACGCUGCUUGAAUGCUCUUAGCUGUUAACAGUUUUUGGCUCCAUUUCUAAACCCUGCCAUGUUUUGUAAAGUGACCUGUGAGGCCUAAUAUUUAAAAAGGUAGGGGGCUGAGCUUGUUGGUAUGGCUUCAAGACUGCGAAACAGCUCGAAAAACGACGACACAUCAAGAACAGCGCUGUUAAGCUCUCUGCUCUUUCUGUGUCGUCGUCUUCCGCGCUCUUUCGCAGUCAUGAAAUCUUUGCAGCUUAGCGUCCUUCUUGCUCCUAUGUUCAAUUCAUUGUGAUCGAACAUGAGCAAAGACGGACAACGAAUGGAAGGUGAAAGGGAGCAGCGUUACACGUUGUUCACUUGCCAAAAAGCUUAAUGUUGUGGUUUGUUUACGACCCACAGAUAAAUGUACAAAACUGCAACGCUUGACGCCCCAGCCACCCAGGAAGA